AUGAACUCGCCAGCUGUCGCCGAGAGAGUGGUGGCACGAAUCGCUGCAGAUGUGGAGCUUGCUGACGUGGCAGACGGGCCUCCGGGAGGGAGUGAGGAGGAUGAGAGGGAGGAGGUGAUAUGGUGGGAUUUGGAGGAGGGGAGUGUGGCAAUGGAGAGGGAGGAGGAGGAGGAGGAGGAGAAGGAGGAGGAGGAGGAGGAGGAGGAGGAGGAGGAGGAGGAGGAGGAGGAGGAGGAGGAGGAGGAGGAGGAGGAGGAGGAGGAGGAGGAGGAGUGGGAGGAGGGACGGCCAGGGAGCGAGAUGGAAGGAGUGGUAGGAGGGAGAUGGAGAGAGGGGGAAGGAGAGAAGGAGAGGGAGAUGAUGGGAGGAGGGGACAUACUGGGGGAAACUGCAUUGGCAGCAAGCAACCAUGACAUAGACUCACCUGCUAGUGCCGCCGCCACAGCUGGGGGAGAGGUGGAGGUGGAGGAGGAGGAGGAGGAGGAGGAGGAGGAGGAGGAGGAGGAGGAGGAGGAGGAGGAGGAGGAGGAUGAGGAGGAGGAGGAGGAGGAGGAGGAGGAGGAGGAGGAGGAGGAGGAGGAGGAGGAGGAGGAGGAGGAGGAGGAGGAGGAGGAGGAGGAGGAGGAGGAGGAGGAAGAGGAGGAAGAAGCAGUGUCAUCAGCAGCCGCAGCAUUUGCAGCAGAGGAGGAGGAGGAGGAGGAGGAGGAGGAGGAGGAGGAGGAGGAGGAGGAGGAGGAGGAGGAGGAGGAGGAGGAGGAGGAGGAUGAGGAGGAGGAGGAGGAGGAGGAGGAGGAGGAGGAGGAGGAGGAGGAGGAGGAGGAGGAGGAAGAAGAAGAAGAAGAAGGGAGCGGAUGGUGCAGUGGGGAGUUGAGAGCUGCCUCCGCCCCCAUACCCACAAACACUCCCCCCUCCUCCUCCUCGACCCCUCUCUCCCGCUUUCCCGCUGCUCUCCAGCCCGCCGCUGCCACCUGUCACUCGCCCAUUGCUGCACCCUUCACUUUCUUUCCAGUUGCCGCUCUGGCUGUUGCGGCUGGCUUAUCAGCAGCGGACGGGGAGGAGGUGGGGGACGCCGUAGGGGGUUCGGCAGCUGGGGCAGAGGCUGUUGAGUUCGAGCUUGAUACGCUCGUAGCAGAAGAGACACACGAGGUACUGACGGCCAGGAGAAGAGGGUGA